AUGACUGGAUAUGUUGACUUGUUGAAUGAUCGGAAGUAUAUGUUGCCAUGUGGUAUUGGCCUUCCAAAUGGAAAACAGAGCUUGUCUCGAGAAAAAGGGACAGUAAUUUUUGAUGAAGAUUUUGCUCUUAAGAAUGUGUUGUUUGUUCCGGAUUUGAGAUGCAACUUGAUAUCGGUGUCACAACUUAUUAAGGACUUGGAUGUGGUGUUACAGAUUGCUAAUAAGGGUUGUGUAAUUCAGGACCGUAUCGAGAGGAGGCUGAUUGGAGCGGGUGAGCUUCGGGAUGGACUUUACUUCUUUCGUCGCUUGAAGAAUUUUAGAGCUUAG